CGAUAUGAGACUAAAUGUCCCCGCCACGACCUAGGCAGUCUCGAAGGCGCUCCUUGACGGGCAACUCGCACUUAAUCCUAGAGCCUCCGGCCUGCGUCCUUCCCCAGGCUCAGCCCUCCCCCUGCGGCCGUCCCCCCGCAGCUGCUGCACGCCGAAGCCUCCCGGGCGCAGGCCGAGAACAGCUACGCCACCCUGUCGGCCCCUCCCCCUUAAGCUGCCCGAAGCCCGCCUGCGCCCGCCUGCGAAGCGGCGCGCGACUCCAAGCGCCUUGAGGUGCGAGCCGGUGUUCUCCUAGGUUGAGGCGCGGCCCGCUAAUGAGGCCGAGCCCCGCUACAUUUCAUUUUAUUUCAUUUAACUCGAGGUUUUGUAUAGACUGAAGUGUUGUGGGUUAGGUUAAACUCGGGACCUCCUCAAAGAGGACCCUUUUUUUUUUUUCUUUCCAAAAUGGCAGCCUCCAGCCGCGCACAAGUGUUAGAUCUGUACCGGGCGAUGCUGAGAGAAAGCAAGCAUUUCAGCGCCUACAAUUACAGAACUUAUGCUGUCAGGAGGAUAAGAGAUGCCUUCAGAGAAAAUAAGAAUGUAAAGGAUCCUGUAGAAAUUCAAACCUUAGUGAAUAAAGCCAAAAGAGACCUUGAGAUAAUUCGUCGACAGGUCCACAUUGGCCAACUGUAUUCGACCGACAAGCUUAUCAUUGAGAAUCAAGAGAAGCCCAGGACCUAGGGAGCCAGGACCAGCCAUCCAGCAGCCGUGGACCUCACCUUCAGCUUCCAUUCUGUGCUUGGGCUGCAGGCUCCCAACAGACCACUAGUGGCCUCUUUCUUACAUCAGCUUCAAACAGCCUCUUGCUCUGCCCGCCCUGUAAGGAGCUGAUAAACUGAGUCCAGUUUCCAUUCUUCUUCAGCCUUUAGUGAAAAAGCAUGGCUGUCUCCUUGGUCCAAGUGUUUGAAUGAAAAGCUGGAGCUCACUCCCAAUACUGCUGAGUAUUAUUGUGUCUCCCCUUUACCCAGCCCUCUUUUGUAUCUCCGCCUCACUUGUAUAGAGCACCCCACACUUUGUUUCUUGGUUGACAAUAAACAAAAUUGUCUGCCUAAGUCACAUGACACCAGGUACA